AUGGCAUCAGAGAGAUCAAACCAACCAGAAGGCACGAAUAGUCAGCAGACUAUAUCUUGCCAAGCCCUCAUUCAUACAGUUUGCCCGCAAUACCUAAAGGCAGGAGAGGCUGAGCAGAUAAUGAAACAGUUCGAUAGCUGUCCGUGGCUUGAAGACAAGCAGGUGUUAUGGAGCGACGUGCGACGAAAACAGGCCCAAGAUUGGGCGGAUCACCGAGGACUGCAGACGCUCACCACCGUCAUGGGACCGUUGAUGGUUUCGAGCAAUCCACAAUGUCUACGAAAGAGCAAGAGCUCAUCGGCAUGGUCUGAUUACAUGAAAGGAGCUUCUCUCAUCUUCGCAUGGCGCAUCUCCAAAGGAUCACGCACCACUGUCCUGACUCCACCGCCACCAGAACGCUUUCAUCCAGAUGGCCUUACCAACUAUCAAGAUAUUGAGGAGCCCGUACUAAAAGGCCGUCUCGGAACCCCGACCUUUUGUCGGAUCUUUCUAGUUCACCCAACUGUUCAAGCAGCUCAAGACUAUCGCUAUCAGGUUUGGCCGGUAGACUGCACUGAUCUAUGGCUAACCACUUUUGGGAAUAACGCGAUAUCGAUGCAUACUUGGAGAACGAUAUCCAAAAGCAGAAGUAAGUUCCUAAUUUGGUGGUCGAACAAAAGUCUUUUUCCACAGCUAACCGAAGUCUAG